GAACCGCAGAAGAAGGAAGUCAAGAGUUGAGAGUUGAAUCUUCGUUUUGUCUCUCUCUCCUUGUCACACUUCGUCAAUCAGUCAUGAAGGUGAUGGUAGCAAUCCUCAGCGUGGCGGCGGCGGUGACGGUGGCGGUGGGGGCUGACCUCGGCUACGGCUAUGAGGGCCCCGCAUCUUCCGGCGCUGGGGGUCAGGACUACGCCGGGGCCGCUUCCUCUGGGGCAGGCUCCGGUAGUGGUGGCCCCGCGCAGUACGGCUUCCAGUACGAUGUGGAUGACCAGCCUUCAGGGAACUUCUUCGGGCACCAGGAGGAACGAGAUGGCGACAGGACGGAGGGAAGCUACUACGUCAGGCUGCCCGACACACGCCUCAUGAGGGUUGACUACUACGCUGACGAGACAGGCUACCACCCCACCGUCACCUACGAGGGCGAGGCGCAGUUCCCAGACGGCCCCCAGGCGGCCCCCAGCAACGCCUACUCCCAACCCGGCGCCCCAGCCCCCGCCCCCGGCCAGUCGUACGCCCAGCCCGGCCCAGCCCCCGCCCCUGGUCCAUCCCCUGGUCAGCUCUACACGCCCCCAGGGAAGUAGAUUUGAAGUCCCAUUUUUAGCCCCUCACUUAUUCGAUAUUCUGUGUUUUGAUCUCUAGCCCCUUGCCCCCGCUCCCCCCCCCUCUGCCCCCACCAGGUUAGGUCAUGAGGCGAGGUACUUAAUGUUUGUUUAAUUAUGUGAUGUUCUAUAGCAAUAUAUUCCUGGAUGAUUGUAUGUAUGUGUGUGUGUGUGUGUGUGUGUGUGUGUGUGUGUGUGUGUGUGUUCGAACACCAAUAUUAUUACCACUAACAUUACCACUAACACUGACCACUAACCACUAUUCUACUACUGCAUGAGCUACUAACUCUGCAACACUUACAUCCCCAGAAAAAAAACACUUCUUAGAGGAAAAUUAUUACCACAACCACUAACAUUAACACUAACUACUAACUACUAUUCUGCCACUAUCACUAUUACCUACUAACUAUGCACUAACACUAACACCUCCAGAUACCAACUCGCAAACACUAUUCAGAAUUACAAACACUUUUUUUUUUGACUUCGUAAUCACUAACGUCAACUUAACCUUCCACCACUACCACCAAUACAACAACAACAAAAACAACAACAAAUAACAAUAGCAAUACCUUAGUUAAAAUCUGUAUUAGCUUCCAUGUACUCCUUUCUUUUUAGCUUCUGUUGUCAUUAUAAGAAACUAAUACAAUCUAGACUCUAUGUAAUUAUGCCUGGAAAUGCUCUUUUUGUACUCAAGUUCCUUCAAAGCUUCAACUCAUAUUAAUUAAAACACAACAAUCUGGACUAUUUAAAAUUAUCCAGAUGUCUAAAAGUGCUGAAAAAUCCGUACCGUACUUUUUAAUCUCUGUUUCUACAUUCAUUAUUAUUAGUAUUCUUAAAAUCUGAACUGUAUGUGUUAUGCCUUGAAGUGGUGUGUCGAUGUGUGUGUGUGUGUGUGUGUGUGUGUGUGUGUGUGUGUGUGUGUGUGUGUGUUCCAGGUUAACUUUCACCCUUAGUACGUGUUCGAAUCUAGUUUUGUAACCUGAAAGAGCUACACAGUAUUUAUUUAUUUAUUGUGAUGUGCAGAUAAUCCUUUAUACGUAAUGAUAUGAUAAUAGUACUUUGUAAAUAAAAGAA